AUGGGCGAUAUUGAUAUCAAAGAUGAUGAAAAGACUUUAUCAUUAUAAAAUUAAAAUUUGACACAGAUUGCAGUAAAUCACUCUAAAUAACCAAUUUAAUGCAUCAAAUAAUACAAUUAAAUAAAUGAGUGGAAUAUCUAUUUUUCGCAAUUUAAGAGUUUUAAAUUUAUCCAAUAAUCAAAUUAAAAAGAUAUUUGGCUUAGUAAAUUUAACAUAAUUGUGUGCUUUGAUUUUAAAUAACAAUUUUAAAUUCAAUUAAUCUAAGGAUUAAUAAAAUGCUUAGAGUUGAAUACCUUAAUCUUAUCUAACAAUCAAAUAAUAACUGUAUAAGGCAUCUCACACUUAAUUAAAUUAGAGAAAUUAUAGUUAUCUCAUAACUAAAUAGAAUUAAUCAAAGAACCAAAUAUUAUAGGAUUUACAUAACUUGUUAACAAUAACAAAUUACAGGAAAUCAGUGCAUUUUUUUCAUAAUUGACAAAACUAAAGAGACUUGAGAUAGGAAAAAAUGAAAUUAAAGAUCCUUUAUAAAUACUUGUUCUAAGUGAUCUAAAAUUAAUUCAUUAAAUGUUGCAGGUAAUCCUUGUUCAGAAAAGCCUAUUUCAAUUGCAAUUAAAUUUCUAAGAAUUAGAUUCAUCAAUAAUUUAGCAGCUGGGAAGUUUUGGAAUAACAUAAAUCAAAAAUUCCUUAAAAAAUCAUAGAAAAAACUGA